AAUUCAAAUGGGGCAAAAGUGACAAAACGGUACGGCAAGACCCCAAAGUCCCAACUUCGUUGCAGUCCACAUCGAUAACUUCUUGACUUAUGCCAAUGUUGUUGCCUUCCUUCCACUGUAAGCUUCUCUCCUCUAAUAGUAUUAUAUAACUACAAAAACUCGAUUCUUUCUCGUUGCUUAUUAAACAGCAAUGGAAAAAGGAGAAAGCUCAAGUGCUAAACUUUCAGAAUUCGGUGAAGUCUGGGCGAAACUCAUACCGGUGGAUUCUCACUAUUCAGAAAUUGAGUUGAGGCUGAAGGAGACUGUAAUAUGUAGUGAAGUGAAGAAUUCCUCUUCUGAAAAGCAAGAAUGGUGUAAGAUAACAAGGAAUGUGGAUCUAGUUUCUGCCAUGAUGCAAAAUAAGAGUUCAAAAGCAAUUGUUGUUGAUGAGACGGUGGUUCAGGAUGAGCAUGUUGCUGUAAUUAAGUGUGGCAGUGAAAUUUCUCUGGGCCCCAGUGAUGAAGGUUUUGUGAAAUACCGACUCGAAAUGAUGCCCACUGAGGAAUCUCGCAGAUAUAUGCAGAUUUCUCUCGAUGUUGAGUAUGCAAAAUGCUGUAUCUGCUUAAAUAUCUGGCAUGACGUUGUCACAGCUGCACCUUGCCUUCACAAUUUCUGUAAUGGAUGCUUUUCAGAGUGGCUAAGGAGGUCUCAAGAGAGGCGUUCAAGUGUUUUAUGUCCCCAGUGCAGAGCAGUUGUACAGUUUGUUGGAAGAAACCAUUUUUUCCAUAACAUUGAGGAAGAUAUACUGCUUGCGGAUCCUUCCUUGAAACGCUCGAGUGAAGAUGUUGUGCUGCUUGAUUCCUGUGCAUCAAUAAAAUCACCUCUUGAGCAGGUCCUCGGCAGUAGAAAAAGUCGCCGGAAGAGGGAACGUUCUCCAUCAGAUGCAGCAAAUAGUUGGGAGCCUUUAUGCCCUCAGUGUGGCAUUGAAUUUGGAGGUUUUCAGUGUGAUGAAAGCACAGUUCAUCUUCAAUGUCAAGCAUGUGGUGGAAUGAUGCCCUCUCGAUUAAACAUUGGAAUGCAACAACACUGUUUGGGAUGUGAUCGAGCAUUUUGUGCUGCUUAUUGGCAUUCUCAGGGAGUCAAUGGAAGCAAUUUACAUCCACUUUGCAGUCCUGAAACUUUCAAGCCUAUUGCUGAACGUACAAUUACUAGAAUACCCUCCUUGGCACAUGAGAAUAAUCAUUAUGAACAAAAUAUUACUGAAAGAUGCAUUAGAGAGAUGACAAGGUCGUUGCAGGAUGUGGUAGCUGAUUGGAUUUUGAAGCUUGAUAAGCGGGAGAUAGAUCGCACAAGGAUGCCUUUGAAUCAUGCUGAGAUGAUAACUUCCCGGACAUAUACUUGUAGUGAGUGCUAUGACAAGUUAGUCUCAUUCCUAUUGUACUGGUUUAGAGUUACAAUGACAGCACAUCUUUUACCUUCAGAGGUAGCACAAAGAGAAGACUGCUGGUAUGGAUAUGCUUGUCGCACACAACACCAUAACCAAGAGCAUGCUCGCAAAAGGAACCAUGUCUGCCGGCCAACAAGGGGUAGUCAUAUGUAGAAAUUCUUCUUAUAGUUUUUCUGUUUGAAACGAUGUCAAUGCCACUGUCUUGAACUCGAUUCUAUUUUUGUCUCGAAUGCUAAUUUCUGGUCUUAUUUUGACGUGCAUUUUGAGAUGUCUAACCCUAUGAACUGCUGAUGUGUUUUCUUAAAAUGUACAUAUGUUUCUUUUU